CGCUUUUGCUUCCUCUUCCUCCUUCAUAUAUUAUUUUUCACCUCUCUCUCUCCUCUCUCGAUCUGAACUCCACUCGAACAAAGCCUGAUUUGCUUUGCUUUGCUUUACGCCACGGAGAUUGCCUUAGAUCGCUAUUCGCCUCCUACCACAUCAUAAGGCCAAUGUGAGCUUUCAAAUCUGGACAAUAAGAGUCGCUUCAGCUGUUCAGUUCAUUGGUCUUUACCUAUAGUGCACAAUGGGCAAGUGCAAGGGUUGUGGAAAAUUAGGAAGAAUGAUGCCAAGGGAUGGGAACUCGAGUGCUUACCUUUUUGCUCUUCUGCUCUCUCCUGUUGUUUCCGUUUGGGAAUGUGUCAUCCGUAAGAUGAGUUAUCAUGGAUAACUUGGCACAAAACAAAGGGCAACCUGUUGUGAGGAAAGUCAAAAAGAAGCAGGGAAAGGAUGAGCUGGAUCGACUCAAACAGGCUGAGAAGAAAAAGAGACGCCUGGAGAAAGCCCUCGCUACAUCUGCAGCUAUUCGUGCUGAGCUAGAAAAGAAGAAACUGAAGAAACAAGAGGAGCAGCAAAAGCUUGAUGAAGAGGGUGCUGCAAUUGCCGAGGCUGUUGCCUUGCAAGUUCUACUUGGUGAAGACUCAGAUGAUGCAUGUAAGAUCGUCUUAAAUGAAGAAAAUGAGGGAUUUAAUCCUUGGGACUCCAAUGGCCAUUUUAACUUCUUUAUGGAUGGAAGGAGCGCGGAUGUGCCUUGUCACCAUAGCCUGAACUAUGCGCUUGACCCAAUUGGGUGGAUCUCACAUUCUCAAGAUUCUAGAGUUGAGUGGGGUAGUUUUGGAGGUGGUGACUGGGGAUGUUCCGAUAGAACCUAUGGACGUGAUCUACAUGGUGAAUUCAUCAAGAAUGGAGGUUGGACUUCUACAGAUCUUUCGCCUGGCCUAAUUGCAGCACAAGCUGUUUCUUCUCUGCGGAUAAGAGAAGAUGGGGAUGUGAACACCAUUGUUCUGAAUGGGAUGCUCAGAGGUUAGGCUGUUGUCCGAGAUAUCAUGGCAGUCUGAAAGGGGUGCUUUAAUUAUGGUUUUUGAUGAUGGUUUUCUUGUGUAUAUAUCCGUCAAAGUCGCUGCAUUUGCUACCUAUCAGAUAAAGAAAAGUAGUAUUGCUGGGGUUCUUGAGCUAUUUUUAAGCCUUUAUUUGAAUUAUGAAGUUUGACAAUCAGAGACAUGUAGACUCCAGUGGUGUAAUUUUCUUCGAUGGAGAAAAUUAUCAGCUGUUCCUCCUGGUUUCAGAA